AUCAUGAAUGAAUGACCGUAGCACAUCAGUGCUUUCAACGGGACUUGCGGCUUGUAAAAUCGCACAUGGUCAUGCGAAGAGGGGCACCGUGCGGGCGCCGGCAGAUGCUCGCUCGCGGUCGCCACCCCCGAGUCGAAGGGAGCGUGGACCUCGCGGGACCCCCGGUGCCAUCGCGACAAGUGCAACGCACGGGAGCGGAGCGAUUCUGAAGGGCCACUCUCUCCACGUGGAAGGGAGAAGGAGUGGAGGAGGAGUGGAGAAGAAGAAGAAGAAGAAGAAGAAGAAGGGAUCUGGGUCCUCUCGAGCUGAUUCCUCGAUGGAGGAGAGCAUCGUCUCGUGGCUGAUGAUAGUCUUCGACGGGACGCGUUACCGGGUGCUGCAAAAGUGCCGACCCCGACCUUCCUCUUAUCGGCGUCCCGGGUGAAGCGGUGUUGUCUCAUCCGUUCGGUUCGUUGUUUCUCGCGAUCGCUAUCGCGCGCGUGUCACCGAGGGAAAGAGAGAGAGGGAGAGCUGAGAAGGCGAGCGGAAAAGACCGGCGUGAUAAGCAAGCCCAUGAUUGGAGUGUACAUGUUGAUACGUUGAUAUCGGAGUAAGCCGCUUCUCUGAUUCUUUUCUUAUUUUAUUAUGCGCUAUCUCUAGCACCCGCAGGAAAGUGAGGCUGGUAAUCGAACAUCUCUAUCUUUUUCUUUUUGCGAUGACGGUGGCUCGUCAGGACGAUAGGACGUAGGAUUUUAAAUCGCGCUUCAUGUUCUGACACUUUGCGAAUGUCCAUGAUGAUCUUGAUGAAAGUUUACUGAUAAAAAAAGGGGAGAUGUUUUAUCUUUAUGUUCCGAUUGCACCUCAUUUUUUCCUGUGGUACUCGUGUGAUUUGUGGGCGAAACGUAUGUUAAUAUCUAAUUGCGAAAUUUUAAUUUUUUCCUCUUUAGAUAUAUAAUAAAUAUAAAAAUAUUCCAUUUUAUGGAGAGUUUACCUGUACAAAUCUAGCCAAGACAAAUUUUCUGCCACGGAGAAUUCUAUUUCAUUUUCUCCAGCACCUGCGUUUUCAUCAUACAUUUUCUUUCUACAUUUGCUUCAUGAACAGAACAAUCAAACCUCCGGCUAGAUACGUAUAAUAAACAGAAUUCCAUAAAAAGGAAUCAAAGUAACGGAGAAACGAGGCUCGCAGAUUCGCUUGGCAACCUGGCAAGGCUGAAGACAUUGUCGUCGGCGGAAUUUGCAAAUUCGCUCGCGUCACCAUUAUCAUCAUCUGCUGAUGUUCUAAAGCGUUUGCCGGGUUCCUUAUCUCAUGCCUUGCGUAGUAACGAGAGCUCCGAUAAUCGAGCUGGGAACGCAGAGGGGGAUAAAGCGCUGAAAGCACGUCUGGAGCCGGCUUUCUCAAUCCGCGCGCGCACGAGCGUGCGCGACGUUACAAAAUCGUCCGCUUUCGCAAUUUAAUCGGCGUACUGCAACGCUAACGCACGUAUAUCGCUAUGAUUGACGACAGGCCGGCGGCCGCGUCGAGCGCGACGAGUGCGGACCGACGACAACGGAGGAGGUGGAGGUGGAGGAAGAGGUAGUGGAGGAGGAGAUGCACCUCGAGGAUUACCGCGGCGAGAGGAGCGAGGAGGACCACGUCGUGCGGCGUCCCGUAUCCGGAACUUCUCUGGACCAGGACGACGAUCUCGUCGACGACGGUUGCCUGCACGAUCUGGCGGUGACCACGGCGGUAACGGCGAUGGGUGGUGUCGGCGUCGCUCAACCGCACUGCUGGGCGACCUCGCAACCGGACAACGGCACUCUCUUGUCGCCGCUGGACCCAGCAGCUGACUCGCGCGACUACUUCGACUGGGACCAGGUGUCCGCUGUCUUCCAGUACCCCUGCCAGUAUCCCGUGACCGGCGACGGUGGUGGAUCACCCGGGAGCACGUGCAGCGAGGCGACCACGCCGACCUGGAGCAGCGCGACGGACCGCGGCGACGACAAAUCAGACCGCCAGAAACUGCCGUCCGUAGGCUCGGCCUUCUCGUUCUCGCGCACCUUCUGCAACGCGAUCUACCCGGAAUACAGCGCGGACGCGACGCAGGGCAGCUAUCAGGACCGUCAUCAGGAUUACCAGGAUUGUCAGGAGGACAUGGUGUCGUUGCUGAUGAGCAUACAGAACGACGUUGUGGCUGCGCAGGGCCACUACGGUUCCGCCUCCGUGCAGUCCUUCGCCGACGAGUUCGACCUGAGCCUGAUCAGGGGCGACCCGACGUCGUUGCUGAACUCUGUCGACUCACCGACGUCACCGACGACAACCUACUUCGCGAGUGACGAUCCGCAGGGAUCGUUCCAGAACUUCAACCCGCCGUAUUACGCGGUUGGACACCUCGUCUCCUCGCAACAGCAGCAGCAGCAGCAGCAGCAGCAGUCUACCCUGUCGGCGAUCAGUUUUACCAGCGAUAUUGUUGGCGCGACCGAGAGUUUCGGCAAUCAGGUGAUCCUGCCACGGAAUGAAGGUCUAUUGCUCGGCAAUCGACGCGUCACCGGCUCGAAAGUCGCGGAGAACGAAAAGAACGAAAAGUCCUACGAUUGCGCGAAACCGGUGGACGAUAACUUCGCGUCGACUUAUCAGUGCCGUUGGAUCGACUGCGGCUGUGCGUUCGCGGAGCAGGAGGGCCUGGUGCGGCACAUCGAGAGGCGGCAUGUCGAGUCGUCCUCGACGAACGCGCACGGCCACGGCAGACGGGUGCAGCGGGACCGGGACAAGGAAGGCAGGGAGGCUGGGGAGGGCCUCCUCGCGACCGCGCCGGCCGGCCGCGAGGACGAAUUCGCCUGUCUAUGGCAAGGAUGUCCGCGCGCGCGGCCUUUCAACGCGCGAUACAAAUUACUCAUUCAUAUGCGUGUGCAUACGCAAGAGAAGCCGAACAAGUGUCCGUUUGCCGGUUGCAAGAAGGCUUUCAGUCGGUUAGAGAACUUAAAAAUCCAUCAGAGAUCGCACACUGGGGAGAGGCCUUACGCGUGCCAGUACAACGGUUGUUCGAAAGCAUUUAGCAACAGCAGCGAUCGGGCUAAGCAUCAAAGAACGCACUAUGAUAGGAAACCGUACGCUUGUCAGGUGAGCGGCUGCGGCAAACGUUAUACGGAUCCGUCAAGUCUUAGGAAACACUUGAAAAAUCAUACAGAAAACUCCACAUUGUCCAGUCUGUUGUCGGAUAAGGCAUCGACGACCAUUGCGACAGCCAACGCGGCAAGACACGGUUUAAAUUCGACGAUUCGGCAAGGCCAGGAUGCGUGCUCCUUCGAUAUGGGGACGAAUCAUUCGUCGUAUAAGCUGUCCAAGAGCUGUAUCAAGGAGGAGGACACGUUACCGAGCAAUACGAAUCUCGUAAACUUUGACAACAGCCAGCAGGAAUAUGUGCCGAUCGAAUCUGUUCGUCAUCUUCUCAUCAACGACAUCAAUAACACGCAAAACGAGAAUACAGGAUACUGCGCGCCCGCUGAGGACGACGUGCCGGAUUUCCACGAGCUCGGCGUCGACAUCGAGCGGCAGUUUCAUGAGCUGAGCGGCCUGGAUGAUGCCAUUUUCAUCGACGGAUGAUUUCCUGCGGCGGAGGAGGUUCCUUCUCCUCGCGAGGGCGAAACGGGACGAAGCUGCGCUGGUGAAUGGAGCAGCCGGGGGAUGAUUGUUGGACGUUACACGAUGCGGCAAUUUCGCGCGACAUCAUUCUGUUUGCGGUCGAUGACUGCUACUUCGGUAUCGUUAUUCGUUUCAUUUUCAUUUUGAGCAAAGACUUUUGUGUAUCGUGUUUUGAGUAAUGACUUUAAGAAGAACAGCUGCUCUUUCAGCUGCAACUGAUAACCGAUAAUACUCACGUGGUCAUUUUUCGAAAGGAUGUUACAGUAGAUGUGCAAGUUAAUUUAAUAAAUUUUUUCACAAAAAGUAGGCAUUAGUCAGUCUGAUUGUUGACAGUAAUACUUUAACGACAAAAGGAUACUUAGAUUUAAAUAUAGUUAAAUUUGAAAUUGUUAUUAGAAGUAAAGUAGAUGAAUUAAAAGUACCAAAUUCAUUUGCACAUUUAAUGAUUAUGUUAUUCUACUAGCCGAUAAGCAUGGAUCAUUCACGAGUCAUUCACUAGUGCAUUCGUCCUGCCGCCGCGAUCUCAUUGCGCGUCGCGCGCUGCCUUUCCAAAAAGACUCGUUUGUUUCAUCUUUUUUACAGCGACUUUUAUACUUAUUAGUCCAUUGUAAUUGACAAAUCGUAUAUAUUUUUGUACAUAGGCACUUAUGUAUGUUAAAAAGUGAACAAUAUAUCGUUUAUCUCGA